GUGCGUGUGCGCUCGCCCCGCCCGGGGCGGGCAGCGGCGGCGGCGGGCGGGACGUGCGGAGGGAAGCGGCGCCAUGGGCGGCUCGGCCAGCCUGAUCCCGAGGGACCUGCUGGGCGAGUACCAGGAGCUGACGUUCCUGAGCAAGCAGGAGAUCUUGCUCGCCUACAAGAGGUUCAGCGAGCUGCUGCCAAAGGAGGAGAGGGAGAACGCGUGCUCCGCGCGGGUCCCCAAGAGCCAGAUCCUGACGCUGCCCGAGCUGCGGGCAAACCCCUUCCGGCACCGCAUCUGCCGCCUCUUCUCAACCUCAGAGACCGGGGACGACAGCCUGUCCUUUGAGGACUUCCUUGAUAUGCUGAGUGUCUUCAGCGAUUCUGCCACCUCUGACAUCAAAUCCUACUAUGCCUUCCGCAUCUUUGACUUUGAUAACGAUGGGACUCUGGACAGGAACGACCUGGAGCAGCUGGUGAACUGCCUGACAGGGCAAGGCGAGGAGUCCGGGCUGAGCAGCGCGGAGAUGGACCAGCUCAUCCAAAACAUCCUGGAGGAGUCCGACAUCGACAAGGACGGCACCAUCAACCUGGCGGAGUUCCAGCACGUGGUGUCCCGCUCCCCGGACUUUGCCAGCUCCUUCAAGAUUGUCCUGUGAGCCCCGUGGCUGUCCUGCAGCGCUCCUCCAGCUCUCCUCCAGUUCCUUCAGCUCUUUGUGGGCUCAGCCAUUUCCUCUUUGAGGCAGCCCAGGCCCGGCCCCUCAGUGGCCCAGCCGUGCUGCAAUGCCUCGGGCAGGAGCCCUCCUGCUCCCCUCUCAGGUGCCUGCUGGCAGCAGGGGGUCCCGGCAAUCUGCCUCUCCUGCCACCCCCCUGCUGUCCUAGCACUGGAAUUUGAAUCCUUGUGCAUUCCAAGGGCAGCUCUGCUCCUGCCUGGGGCCGCUCUGCACCAGCACAGCCCCUCUCUGCCCUCAGGAGCAAUUCCUACCUUGUGCCUUCCAGCCGCAGGCAGGGAGCUGCCUCCCUGCCAGCCUCUUCCUGCCUCUCCCGUACUUCUGGGAGCUGCCUGCUGCCACACGGAUCCAUUUCUCUGAGCAAUAACUGAACGUGGAUCCUGUGAGCAAUAACCAAAGAGUGGAUCAUUUUUCACAAGCAAUAAUCCAAACGGGGGUGCUUUCUCUGAGCAGUCACCCGGGAGUCACUGUACAGGUGCCACCCCAGAGCAGAGCUGUGCCCCCAGGGCUGUGCUCAGAGCCUGCACUCCUCCUCCUCCUCCUCCUCCUCCCCCCUUUCUGUCUUUGCCCUCCUCUGGCUCCAGCAGAGCAGCUGCUCUGCCUCCCUGGCCUCUUCCUCCACCAGUCCCUGUGAGGACACAAUUAAAGGGCUCUGGUUUCACCCUU